AUGGGUAAAUGGCGAUGGGGUGUGAUCCUGGACGCCGGAUCAUCAGGAACUCGAGUCCAUGUCUACCGCUGGUUGAACAGCGCGCGCGCACGACAAGAUGCUUCACCACACGAAAUGCUAAGCCUGCCCGACAUACACCAGAAGAAGAACUAUACCUACAAAACGAAGCCCGGCGUAUCGACAUUCGGUGACAACCCGUCAGAAGUCGGCCCGUAUCUACAAGAUCUACUCGACCAUGCUCUCUCCAUUGUGCCGAGUGAUCAGGUCAAGGACACGCCGAUUUUCCUCAUGGCGACAGCGGGUGUCCGGCUGUUGGAACCGAUGAAGCAAAAGGCCUUGCUAGGGGAGAUUUGUGCUUAUGCGCAGGCUCAUACCAACUUCUCGUUGCCGGAUUGCGAUUUACACAUUCAGGUUAUUCCGGGAGAGACGGAAGGGCUGUAUGGGUGGAUUGCGGCGAAUUAUUUGCUGGGGAGUUUCAACUCGCCGGAAGAUCAUAAACAUGGCGAUAAUCACCAUACGUAUGGGUUUUUGGAUAUGGGAGGUGCUUCAGCACAGAUUGCGUUCGCUCCGAAUAGCACCGAGGCUGAGAAGCAUGCGAAUGAUCUCAAGUUACUGCGGAUGCGGACGUUGAAUGGGGAGUCGACGGAAUACAAAGUCUUCACCACGACGUGGCUAGGAUUCGGAGUCAAUCAAGCUAGGCAACGAUACGUGGAAGCGAUACAGGAUAUGUAUAAAGGGUCUCACGAGCUACUGGAUCCAUGUUUACCUAGUGGACUGAUUACCACAUUGGAAGGACUUCCGCUUGACAGCGCUCGAGGUGAUGCUCCAGUCUUGGUUGGUACCGGGCGAUUUAAGGAGUGUGUGGACCAAGUAGCGCCUCUUCUCGACAAAGAUGCUCCUUGUGCGGAUCAACCGUGUUUACUACAUGGCCAACAUGUUCCAGCGAUCGAUUUCGACGUCAACCAUUUCGUUGGAGUCUCCGAGUAUUGGCACACAACCCACGAAGUCUUUGAGAUGGCACAUAAAGAUGCAGCAUACGAUUUCACAGCAUACGAAAAGAUGGUCAAGGAUUUCUGUGCUGCAGAAUGGGAUGAUAUCAAGACUGGUGUUGAGGCUGAAGAAUGGGGACACAAAGUGAACGAGAAGACUGCACAAGAAGUAUGCUUCAAAGCUUCAUGGCUAAUCAACGUUCUCCAUGAGGGAAUCGGAGUCCCUAAACAUGGCCUCGAUAAACCUACACACGGUGCAGGAUACAAUGCCUCGAAAGAAUUAGCUACACACAAAGACAAAGGCUUCCUCGAUCCUUUCCAAGCCGUCAACAAAAUCCGAGAUAUGGAAGUAAGCUGGACAUUGGGGAAAAUGGUCCUCUACGCCGCUGGUCAAAUACCCCCCUCGCACACCGAAGCCCUUCCUGUCGGCUUCGGCGCCAAUACCCUCGGCAUACCCCCCGACUUUCAAGAAGCAGGAUCAAAUUCCUUCCCCGUGCCUAUCGGAGAUGAAGACAGUUGGACUGAAGCAGCUGAAGAUUUGGCAGAGAAAGCUCACACACGAUCUGGCCCGGGGUUCUUGCUUUUUAUGCUAAUCCUCAUCUUCAUCGGCUACGUAUUCCGGAAACGGGAAAGAAGAAUGCGGUUCGUACGUGGCGUGUCUGCCACACUUCGUCGGAAUCGCAGACCCGGAAGUCCUCGCAAAGGGGGGCGCGGAUUUUUUGGAACAGCAACUGGAAAGCUGUUUGGUCGUAGUUCAGGGAAUUACGAACGUGUUCUUGAAGACGGCGUUGCAGCAAACGAAUUCGAACUCGGCGAAGCGGACAGUGAUGAAAAUGAGGCUUCGGAUGGCAGCGAGGGAUCAAGAGUUGGGAGAGCAAGUGGAAUGAUGACGCCGAGGCUGAAUGUGGUCAAUUUCGACAGCGCGACCUAUUUCGAUCCUGCGCCUGUUCAAGGGGGUGUGGGGUUGGGAUUGAUAGGCGCGAAUGCGAUGGACAGGAGUGGGUUGAUUGUGAGGACGGAGAGUAGAGAGCGUUUGCAGAUGGGUAGGAGGUCUAGGACGGGUAGUCCGACCAGGUUGAAGAGUCCGAUGAUGGCACCUUUAGAGGAGGAUUGA